AUGGCCCCAACACUAGUACUUGCACUCGCCAUCGCAUCGCUUGUAUCUUGCGUGGUAGUGCAAUUCUUGCAAAAGAAGAGGAACACUAAGGGGCAUCCUUUACCCCCUGGUCCUCCACCUCUCCCUUUUGUUGGAAAUGCGAUCGGAAUCGACACAGAUCGUCCAUGGUUAACAUACUCAAAAUGGGGAACCGAGUAUGGGGAAAUCGUUUACUCCCGACUCUUUAGUCAGGAUGUCGUGAUCAUCAACUCCGAAAGAAUUGCGCGUGACUUGCUCGACCGUCGUUCACAUAACUAUUCCACGAGACCCCCAGAACUUAAGGAUGUUCUUGACUUUUUUAGUCAUGACUACUCCUCUACCUUUCUACCCUACUCAGACAAGUGGAGACUUCGUUACAUUCCAUUAAAAGCAGUGACAUCCUUCCGUCCGAUUCAAAUGCGCCAUGCUCACCGUUUGAUAAUAAACCUACUAGCCUCUUCGGAGGUGUAUGGAACCCAUUUUUACACCUUCAGCACGUCUAUCAUCAUGUCGAUCAUGUAUGAUUAUGCCAUAGCGCCCAUUGAUGAUACCUUCCUUAAGCUCAUUCAACGCUCACUUGAGAUAGAUAUAAAAGUGUUCAGGCCCGAGGUCGCAGCUUUCUUAACAGAGUUCCCCAUAUUGAAAAAACUUCCUGCUUGGCUCCCUGGAGCGAGCUUCGUAAGGGAUGCUAUAGUCCAGAGAACACUCGCUUCCACGAUUGUGGACAUGCCCUUUGAACAUGUGAAGAACAACAUGGCAAGUUCCAAGCCUGCGGGGACGGCUGCACCAUCCGUGGUGUCGAAUGCAUUGAACCGUAUGCUAGUUAAAACAGAAGAUGAAGGGGAGGCCGCUGUUCUUGAGGAAGGGAUUAAGGAAGCCAGUGCAACUGGUUAUGCUGGAUCUACGACGUCCACUUUAUGCAUCUUCCUGCUCGCGAUGGUUCUAUAUCCCGAGGUGCAAGCACGUGCGCAAGCAGAGAUUGAUUCCAUCAUUGGGGAAACUCUCGAAAGAUUGCCCGACUGGGAUGAUCGCGCUUCUCUACCCUACAUCAAUGCUGUCAUACUGGAGACGUUAAGGUGGUUCCCUGUCGCCCCUCUGGGCGUUGCACAUGCCGCGGUAAAUGAGGACAUCUACGAAGGCUACUAUAUUCCAAAAGGUCAAUCAAACAUAAUCAUUUCUUCUUAUGCAAGGUUUAUGUCGCGCAAUCCAGAUAAAUAUCCUAACCCGUCGAGGUUCAUACCCGAGCGUCACAUGUCCAAAGUCAACCCUGCUGAUAUUUCCUUUGUUUUCGGAUUUGGAAGGCGUGUUUGUGCUGGACGACAUGUCGCCGAUGCUUCUUUAUUCGCCGCAAUUGUGAAUAUUCUAGCUGUUUUCCGGGUGGAACGUGCGCCAGGAUGGAAUAUCGGGCCUGAUGCUGAAGGAGUGAAAUGGACGGGAGGUUUAACGACGUGA